AUUUGCACAUUUUUUUCUUCUCGUAAUUGAUUCAAUUUAAAAUCGGUUGAGUUUCUUAUCAGUUAUCACUGUUAUUAGUUAUUACGUUUUGUACUUUUGUGUUAUUAGUUAAUACCGGCGUUCUUGUCAUUCGGUGGAUGCGUGCAUAAUAAUAAUAUGAGUUUUUAAUGACUACAAUAUUAUAUCAUAAGUCUAAAUUAUAAAUUAAAAUACGAUCUUGUAGUCACUAGGUUAUUAUUCAUAUUAUCGUUCAUAACGAAUUACAGAUAGAAUUAACAUUACCGUACGUAAUUAAACAGCGGGCGUUGCUCAUAAAUGUUUGCUAGUCGAAAACUAUUACAACAUUUGCAACAGUCAAUCACUUUAUUUUCCCAGUUCAGAAUGGCUUCAUCUAGUUCUACGGGUUUUCGAGUGGCCUUACUGCAGUUGACUGUCACGGCUGAUAAGUCGAAAAAUGUGGCCAACGCAGUGAGACGUUUACAGCAAGCAAAACUGAAUGGUUGCACAUUAGCAAUAUUACCUGAAUGUUUCAACUCCCCAUAUAACACUGCUCUGUUCAAAGAAUACUCUGAAGUUAUUCCUGGAGGUGAAACAUCUGAAGCUUUGUCUCAAGCUGCCAAAUCAAAUGAAAUGUAUAUUGUAGGUGGUUCGAUCCCAGAGAUAUGUGAUGGCAAAGUGUACAACACAUGUACAGUUUGGGAUCCAAAUGGAAACCUGAUAGCCAAACAUAGAAAAGUGCAUUUAUUUGACAUAAAUAUUCCUGGUGGAGUUUGCUUUAAAGAAUCUGAUGCCUUAGCUGCAGGAAAUACACUAAAUACGUUUCAAUUAGGAAAACUUAAAAUUGGACUAGGAAUCUGUUAUGAUAUACGAUUUGCAGAAAUGGCAACACUAUACAGAAAACAAGGUUGUGAUAUGUUAAUAUACCCCAGUGCUUUUAAUAUGACAACUGGACCUUUACAUUGGAGCUUAUUAAUUAGAUGCCGAGCAGUGGAUAAUCAGGCAUUUGUAGCUGUUGUUUCACCAGCCAGAGUUACUGAUUCUAAUUAUGUAGCAUGGGGUCAUUCCAUGGUUGUGGAUCCCUGGGGUAAAAUUUUAGAAGAAGCUACUGAAAAAGACAUGGAUUUAUAUGCGGAUCUUGACUUUGGUGAUCGAGAAAAAAUGAGACAGCAAAUACCCACUGAAAAUCAGAGAAGAACGGACUUGUAUGAUACAAUUGAUUUGAAAAACAAAGUUUGAGUUUCAAACAUCCAUUUAUAUUAAAACAAAAUAUGACAAAUUUGUGUAAAAACAAAUAUUAUUGUUAUUUUAUUUUUUUAAACAAGUAAAAUGUGAUAAAUGUUUAGAUUGAGAUUUCAUAGUUUAUUAAUAAAUAAUAUUACAACCGUUA